ACCGCGUUUUUCUUCUUCACCAAAACCUAUCGAACGAAAUCGGAGAGAUAAAUAUUUUUUGGACGCCGCCAGAAAAGAAGACGAGAAAAACCCGGGCCGAGAAAAACAUCAACGGAAACGUAAAGCGUGAAACGUGAAACGUAACUUAGAACGGAAGACAAAUGGCGGAAUUUUCGGUCGAGCGCGUAGAGGACAAGCGGACGGUAAACGGACGGACGGAGUACUACCUGAAAUGGAAGGGGUACCCGCGCAGCGAGAACACUUGGGAACCGGUGGAGAAUCUGGACUGCCCGGAUUUGAUUGCAAACUUCGAGGAGUCGUUGAAGAACAACAAGAAGGAGACAAAGAAGCGCAUCACAACGUCAUCCACGCCCGAGUCCAUCCGCAGCAAGCGCAAGAGCUUCCUCGAGGACGAUACCGAUGACCAGAAGAAAAUGAUCGGCUUUGAGCGCGGCUUGGAGCCGUCAAAGAUUUUGGGCGCCACCGACUCGUCCGGCCACCUCAUGUUCCUCAUGAAAUGGAAGGGCAGCGACCACGCCGACUUGGUGCCAGCCAAGCUGGCCAAUAUUCGAUGUCCCCAGGUGGUCAUUCAGUUCUACGAGGAGCGCCUGACCUGGCAUACGGGCAACGGAAAUGGUAAUGGCAGCUCCGGCGGCAACACCGGCCUUGGCUCGGGCUCUGGCGCCGGUAGCGGCGGUGACACUGGUCCUGGAAGUGUUGGCACACCCGGAGGCAGCACGGCCGAAGGCGGUGAUGACGAAGAGCCAGCCAGUCCCUCCGGAAGCAUCAGCCAGGACCAAGAGACCGCCAAGCCUGAGGAGAGCAGCGAGUUGGGCAACGGCGAGGCCGAUGACUAGUAUGGAUGGAUCCGGAUUACCGAUUCCCGUUCACACACACACAUAAACAUAUAUUUGGUAGCGUAGUAUUUAAGCUUAAAGAUCGAUUAAUUGCACGUCCUAGCGAAGAUCGGAACAGUGCAGUAGUAGUACCCUCUUAAACAUAAGUUUAAAAGUUACAUUUUGUUCCCAUUUCUGUUCUCUUUUUUUUUCAUUUUUUACCCCCGACUCCUGCAGGAUAACGAUAAAUUCGCAGUGUAAUAUACAAAUGUCCUUGUAUGUAUGUGUCGGAGGAAUGCGAGUGCGGCGAAGACAAAGAUGGCCCAAUCUUAGGAUCUAGGUUCUAGACGUAAUAUGAAUUGUCUCCCCCUAAACGAAGUUUUGAAAAUUGUAAACAAUAAAGUUGCACAUUUCCAAACUAAAA